AUGGUUGAUUGUGAACCAUGUUGGCUGGCAGCUUGUCUUGCCUGCCUGAUUAGAUCCUUAAAUUCUUUUGUCAAGGUUGAACCUUUGCUUCCAGAAGACGAUAGGACAGUACAAUAUUCCUUGCGUAGCAUGCUGAUUUUCUAUUUCAUGCUUGCCGGAUUGGACCGGGUCAACUUGCACAUAGCAGCGCGAGAAGCGGAGCUGCUGGAAAACCAGUAUCAAGGGUCAAUUCGUCAGGCAUCCUGUUCCCAAAUCCAGGAUGAGAUGAACACUCGGAGUGAAAUCGGCAAUCAAGUCGACAAAGUUGACAAAGUAAUUGAAGUACUGUUGAAAGCUGGUAUGACAUCAGAUGCACUGCGAGAUGCACACAUGCACGGGGUCGUGCUCAGGCAUUCAGGAGUUGUCCAGUUGGCAAUCCCUCUCAUUGUGCUUGGCCCUUUCGUGAUUGAGAGUUUUUGA